UUCGACCUUGCUAAAAAACAUAAUCAAAAGUGACUUGGAAAAAUCCCUCCAAAUUUCUCUGGAUAAGAUAAUAAUCAGCUGCUGCAUGUCUUGGGCUUAAAACUUCUUCACAACCCCCCCUACCCCCAACCCAACCCAACCCCACCCCGCCAUGGCUGGUCUGACCAGCACCUUCCACCAUCCCUGCAAAUCCCAGCUGCCCAAAACCUUCAAACCCUUUUCCAUCCACCUCCACACCUUUUCCCUCCGCAUCCUCACCCCAAAAACCGCCCGCUGCCCCUCAAUUUCCACCACUAUCUCCGCCCGCUACGGCGGCGGUGGAGGCGGCAGCGGCGGCUCGCAGCGGAGGUCCAAGCCCAGUGAGGAUGAAGCCCUAGACUUCUCUACGGUUAAGUCAGAUACUGUUAGGCUUAUUGAUCAGCAACAGAAGAUGGUUGGAGUAGUAACAAAAGCUCAGGCUUUUCAAAUGGCUGAGGAUGCUGAGCUUGACUUGGUGAUAUUGUCGCCAGACGCAGAGCCCCCAGUUGUUAGAAUUAUGGAUUACAAUAAAUAUAAGUAUGAACAGCAGAAGAAGAAGCGAGACCAGCAGAAGAAAAGCUUGGCUACCCGCAUGGAUAUGAAGGAACUAAAGAUGGGUUAUAACAUUGAUGUUCAUGACUAUUCCGUGCGUUUGAAAGCAGCAAAGAGAUUUUUGGCCAAUGGAGACAAGGUCAAAAUCAUAGUAAAUUUGAAGGGGCGUGAAAAUGAGUUCAGAAAUAAUGCUAUUGAGCUUGUCAGACGGUUUCAAGCUGACGUUGGGGAGCUGGCGACUGAGGAAGCCAAAAGUUUUAAGGACAGAAACAUCUUCAUCGUGUUGGUACCAAACAAGGUCGUUGUACAGAAGUCUCAAGAACCACCACCAAAGAAAAAGGAUGAUGCCGUAGCAAAUGAGGUUUCAGCCAACGUUUGAGUGUAAUUAGGCGAUUUUGUAUCCUCACGACGUGAAGUGAUCAGGUAGCGUUCACUUCAUCCUCUUACGAUCCUAUGCUCGUGUAUGUGUAUAGAGAUUUAGUGCAAAAACUGUAAAAGAAUGGUGUGCCUUAAGUGAAAAUGACAAUAAACAGUUCUUACAGUUUCUCAGUAGACUUUAGUAGCAUAAUUUGUCUCACUUUACUGAGAUUUUGGGAGUUGUUUAUGAUUUUGAAAUAUAAUGAAGUUUGUUGAUGAUGA